CAAGGCUUCUGGAAUUUUGUACGAGGGAGAUUCCCCAGGUUUUUCUUUUGGGGCCUGAUAUGAAUUUACGACGACUUAUAGAGUUGAUCAUUUUUAUUCUGAACCACAUAAUUUCAGCAUCUGAUGCCGAAUUCUUUGACAUGGAAUCUGAGAAGACGGAAUUGCCGGUGUGAUGUGUCUGGAUUGUUGACGGCAUUUCCAUCACCGCCCUCGGAUGGAUCGGUGAGUUGAUCGCAGUGCUGAUCGAGUUGUCGCGGCCCUGACGGGUGGAUGGAUGUGAGUCAGCUGAGGAGCCGGAUCUGAGGUCGGCGGCAUGGGAUCCGAUGCAGCAGGGAUCCAAAGAGACGACACGUAGGCCGGACAUGAUAGCGGUUCGCAGGCCGGCACACGAUACACCGGCAGGAUAAUACCAGUAACUCACAAGCAUAAUAACGGUGUGAAUAGCGAAACACAUCGGCUCGAUGGUCGGAACCCCAUCUCGACUCGAAGGCCGGCGUAGACAAAUAGUACAAGCGGCGUCGGCCGUUGGAGGCGGCGGGGGUGGCCGCAGGAGGCGGCGGCCGCAGGAAGGCUGAGGCGGCGAUGACAGCAGCCGAUGGAGGCGGCUGCGACAGCGGUGAAGUCCGCUGGAGGCAGCGGCGGCGGUUGCUGGAGGUUAUGGCAGUGGUGACAGCAGCCGAUGGAGGCGGCUGCGACAACGGCGACGGCCGCUGAUAGCAGAGACGAUCCUCCUAGGCGGUGUCGGCGACGUGAGGCGCUGGCGGCAGUGGCGAGAGCCACCGAAGUCGGAGGAGAAGGGAGGAGGUGACCCCGAAGAUGGUCGUCGCCGGCAGAUCUCUCCGGCAGCAGCGACGAAGGACCAAGAAGAAGCCGGAACCCCUUCUUGUGGCGGCUGAGGCGGAACCUCGCCCGGAGAAGCCCUCCUCACGGUGGCGGCGUCGAUGCGAAGAGGCCGGAGGAAAGGGAUAGAGGAGAGGAGGAGGGGAGCGGUCGGCCGUCGGCGUCGUCAAGGCGUGUAAGAGGAAGCAAGCCCCGUUCCUAGCAGCGGCUCAAAAAACGGACCCCCCCCUUUGAAGAUGAACAGUGUUGCCUUUUAACACCAAACCCUACUCAUGCCAAAAAAUCAAAAUGCCCUUCCUCUUUUUCUUAAUUCCCUUUGGACCCCUCUCUAUAUAUCUGCAUCACAAGCUUCCCCUUCAAGUCUAGUCGAAGGAGGCGCGAGUUCGACUGACUGGACAGUCUAUCGCCAAAGCUGAACCAUUCCAGAGUGAAGGAUCAAAUCGCUGAACUCGUCAUGUGAUGCCUCACGAGUGGUCGCGAGAGAUGGUAGCGAUGCCGAGCGAACUACGAGAAAUAAUACCAAGUCGAUAACCGGGCCGAUGCUGAGCGAACGGCAAAACGUCAAGCAAGCGACGAGUAAAAUGCUAGUAGACCAAGCGACGCGCGGGAUAACGAGCAGACAGAGCGGACGAGCGAUGUCGAACGCACGACCUCGAAGUUGCCAACCGGGCGAUCGGAAGGAUGUCGAUCAGGUGGAUAGACGUCGGGCGGAUGAUGUCGAUCGCUCAAUUACGAAGAUGAUGACCGGGCGAUCGGAAGGAUGUCGACCGGAAGAAUGGAAAUCGAGCCCAAGAAAAUGCCGACCGGAUGAUUGUAAAAUGUGAUCGGGCAAUCUCGAAAUGUCGACAUGGUGAUCGUAAAAUGUUGAUCGGGCGAACGAGCGGGCGAUGCCGAACGGGUGACCGAGAAAAUGUCGGCCAAUCAACCAUAAGAUACUGACCAGACCAUCGAGAGAAUGUCGAGUGUUCGGCCGAGCAGUUCAAGUGUAUGGCCGAACGGGCGGCUGAGCGAUAACGGUCGGACGACUACGAGAAUGCUAAACGAGCAGCCCGGAGAAUGCCGACAGGGUGAUCGUAAAACGCCGAUCGGAUUGCCGUAAAAUGCGACCGAGCGACCUGAAAAUGUCAACCAGGUGACCAUAAAAUGCAAACCUGAUGACCACCAGGAUGUUGAGCAAAACAAGCGCGUGGCUAAGUGGACGAUCAUGCGGCUACUAAAGUGUCGACCAAGCGACGGAAAAUAGGGCCAAGCGACUGCUAGGCAAGCUAUCGGGCGAACGCCAAGUGAGUGCCUGGACAAAUAUCGAGCGAGAGGCGAAGCAGCGCUAGGCAGGAGUGGAGCCUGAAAACUGAGCGGGAGCAUAGCCCGUGAAAUCGAAUGUGCACGGAGAUGAAAGUCGUGAGCCGAACGGGCGCAUCGCACGUGAACUGAACUGGAGUGUAGCCCGUGAGUCGAAGGCGCAUGGAAGCGAAAGUCGUGAGCCGAACGGGUGCAUAGCCUAUGAGAUAUUCUGGUCCGAAAUCAGUGGAGAUACUCUUGUCCGCGACCAUCGGAGAUAGCUCGACCCCGAACGGGGGAGAUAAGAUGCUCUUGUAAGCUGGUCUGUGGCCAGUGAGAAGUGUUCGACCCCGAACGGUGAAGAUAUGAGAUCCGAUAUACUGGUCCGAGGCCAGUGAAGGCCUCUCGACCCCGAACGGGGGAGAUAGAUGCUCGUGAAGAUUGCUCGACCCCGAACGGGGGAGAUAGAAUAUCUGAUAAGACUGGUCCGAGACCAGUGAAGGCCUCUCGACCCCGAACGGGGGAGAUGGAUGAUUUGAUAAGCUGGUCUCGACCCCGAACGGGGGAGAUGGAUGAUCUGCUAAGCUGGUCUCGACCUCGCUCGGGAAACUAUGAUAGAUUCUAUAACCGAAAGAGAAUGAAAAAUUGACCGGCCGACCAACAGAGGAUCUGACUUAAUUUCUCGACUCCCGAGUACUCGUGGAGUGGGGAGAAUAUGAUAUACCCGUCGAAACCCAUCAAGGUCAUGAAUAUGGCAGAAUUUUCCGGUGUCCAUCUUCACGUUCCAGAUCAGGUGCGUUCCCACAAACGGCGUCAAAUAUGUUCCUGUCGGGAAUCUGAGAAGACGGAAUUGCCAGUGUGAUGUGUCUGGAAUGUUGACGGCAUUUCCGUGACUUAGCUGGUGAGCUGUCUUCGGUGUUGACCAAGUCGUCAGAAGUCCUCUGGUCAACAGUACCUGUAUCAGCGACCGGGUUACCCCGGUCCCUGGUACCCCGAUGCUCGAGGCGGGUCCCAUGAAUAUAUAAGCAGUCGAAUAAUGAUAGAGCAACUAAAUAAAUACAAGGCGAGUACAGUGACAUACCCUGGCCCCCGGGAGGGCGCCCUCGGAUGGAUCGGUGAGCUGAUAGCGGUGCUGAUCGAGUCGUCGCGGCCUUGACGGGUGGAUGGAUGUGAGUCAGUUGAGGAGCCGGAUCUGAGGUCGGCGACAUGGGAUCCGAUGCAGCAGGGAUCCAAAGAGACGGCACGUAGGCCGGACAUGAUAGCGGCUCGUAGGCCGGCACACGGCACGUGAGCUGGAUAAUACCAGUAACUCACAAGCAUAAUAAAGGUGCGAAUAGCGAAACACAUCGGCUCAAUGGUCGGAACCCCAUCUCGACUCGAAGGUCGGCAUAGACAAACAGUACGAGCGGCGUCGGCCGCUGGAGGCGGCGGUGGCCGCAGGAGGCUGAGGCGACGAUGCCAGUUGCUGAUGGAGGCGGCUGCGACAACAGUGAAGGUUGCUGGAGGCGGCGACGGUCGCUGGAGGUGGCCGCUGGAGGCUGUGGCGGCGGUGACAGCAGCUGAUGGAGGCGGCUGCGACAGCGGCGACGACCGUUGAUAGCAGAGACGAUCCUCUUAGGUGGCGUUGGCGGCGUGAGGCGCCGACGGCGGCGGUGGGAGGCACCGAAGUCGGAGGAGAAGGGAGGAGGUGGCCCCGAAGAUGGUCGUCGCCGGCGGAUCUCUCCGGCGGCAGCGACGAAGGACCAAGAAGAAGACGGAACCCCUUCUUGUGGCGGCUGAGGCGGAACCCCGCUCGAAGAAGCCCUCCUCACGGUGGCGGCGCCGGCGCGAAGAGGCCGGAGGAAAGGGAUAGAGGAGAGGAGGAGGGGAGCGGCCGGCCGCUGGCGUCGGCAAGGCGUGUAAGAGGAAGCAAGCCCUGUUCCUCGCGGCGGCUCAAAGCACGAACCCCCCUCCCCCCCUUUGAAGAUGAACAGUGUUGCUUUUUAACACCAAACCUUACUCAUGCCAAAAGACCGAAGUGCCUUUCCUCUUUUUCUUAAUUCCCUUUGGACCCCUCUCCAUAUGUCCGCAUCAGUUCCGUUUAGGUCAGGUGCUGAUCACUCCAAGGAGGAGGGGAAAGAAGAAGCAGAGGAGGAGGUGUUGGAGGAAGAAGAGGGCGAAGAUGAGCUAGCCUACUGAUGCAUUGGGAGGAGGUGGUGCCCAUCACUUUGGCAUGCCUCUUGAUUUUCAACCAUGGUUGUAUUGAUUGAAUAGUACAUGUUAAGGUUUAAAUCAGGUAAGUCAACAAAGAAAAAAGACACUUCUGUUAUGAUUUCCAAGUUUAUUGAUGAGAGGAAGCAACUUUGAAAAAAGAAAGUAAAACAACUUGGAAAAAGGAAACAAUAAAAAACUUGUAAAGAACAACAUAACACGAGGCAAACUCAAGGGCAACAAAAAUAUCAACAAGAUUGGGGACUUGAAGAUAGAGCCAUGAGAGAUUACGAGUGAAAUGUAAUCUUUGGUUUAAGUAUUUGGGCAACAUCAUUGAGGGAUGAUGUGUAUAGAUAGGUAGGUGUGGACUAUCAAGUGUGUUGGGGGAAGCAUUCAACCAAUGAACAAGUCUCAAGUUGUAGUCAUAGAUAAACUCGAUUUGGUAAUGUUGCAGUUGGCUUAUGGAGUGUAAGCUUAGUGAAAUCCAAUGUUGUCAAAAUCGCGAGUCGGAACGUAGAAUCGCACGAUUCUACGCAUUUUUGGUGGCCUUCCGCGUUGCGUGCCCAGGCGGAAGCGGAAUCGGGUGGAAUCGUGCAGAAUCGCGUGGAAGCGUAGCGGAAAUCGUAGACUCGUAAGAGUCCAGCGAUUCUACGCGAAAUGUCCGCUGGUUUUCCAAGACCAGAAGGUCGAUCGCAGCGAUCGAUCAAACACGGGUCCAAGAAACUUUUCUCCUUCAGAAAAAUAGGGAGAUCGAUCUAUGGACCGAUCCACCUAUGGCCUGAUCGGUCCACAGACCGAUCGGCCCUUGCAGAGCCCUGAUUUCCGCCUUCGUCACGUGUUUCUCACGAGUCGGUUGUCGUUUUCUGCGUGGGACAGAGGGAUAGGGAGAGUUUCGGGACAGAAGAUUUGAUCUGUCUUACCCUAACUUUCCUAAGUCGCGUCGCGAGCCAUUGUCGCCGCAACUGCUGUGCUUCGUUCUUCUUCAGCAACCAUCGUCUCCUUCACAUAUGCGUCUGUCUCCUCCUCCCUGUGCGUUCGGUGUGCGUCGACCGGCACUGUGACUGACUUCGAUUAAAGGUUGUUGGCCACGUCUGUGGUUCGCGAGCUGCUGUUGCAGAGUUGCAGUGUCGUUGGUGAAGCUGAAGCUGCGUGGUGGUGUUCUUGUUCUUCUUUAAUUUCACGAAAAUGAGUAGAGAAGCUAGUGUUGGUGGGUCUGGUGAAGCAAGCUCCAAUAGUGGUGCAGCCACUCCAAGCGUAGCUUCCACAACUAGUGGAACUUCAGAUUCCAAAAGAUUGGCAGUGAAUGCUCCUGGAAAUAGAUCUGAUCCAGGUUGGAAACAUGGAAUUGCAGUUGAUGAAAAUCCAAAGAAAGUGCAAUGCAAAUACUGUCAAAAGGUGAUAAAUGGAGGGAUUUAUAGACUCAAGCAUCAUUUGGCAGGAACACAAAAGGAUGUUGGAGCAUGCAAGGCGGUUAGUGAUGAUGUAAGGAAGGAAAUGUGGAAAAUUGUAUCCUCAUUGCAAGAAAAUUUAAUAAAGAGGGCAAAGGAGAUUGAAGGAAGAUCAAGUGAUUCAAGUCCUCUUGGCCAAUAUGAAGAUGAGGAGGUGGAGGGUGCAAAAAGACAAAGGCGAGAAAUUGCAAAGAAUUCUGCUGAUCUAUUCAAGAAAAGGGGUGUGAGUAGUCAAACUACCAUCAAUGGCAUUUUCAAGAAGAAUUUGAGGGAGGAAGCUUGCCAAGGGAUUGCCUCUUUUUUCUACAAUAAUGCUAUACCUUUUCAUGUGGCAAAAAGUGAUGAAUUCAAGAAGAUGCUAGACUUGGUUGCAAGACAUGGUAUUGGCUUUAAGCCUCCAUCCUACCAUGAGAUUAGAGUCAAGUAUUUGAAACAACAAGUUGAUUGCACCAAAGAAGUUAUAGAGCAGCACAAAGCAUUUUGGAAGAAAAUGGGAUGCACAAUUAUGACUGAUGGGUGGACAGAUAAGAGGAGGAGGACUAUAUUAAACUUCUUGGUUAAUAGUCCUAUGGGAACCAUUUUUUUGAAGUCAAUUGAUGCAUCUGAUAUAUCUAAAACAGCUAACAAGAUUUUCAAGUUGAUGGAUGAAAUUGUUGAAGAAGUUGGUGAAGAGAAUGUAGUGCAAAUUGUCACAGACAAUGCAGCAAACUACAAAGCAGCCGGGGAGAUGUUGAUGGGGAAGAGAAAGAGGCUAUAUUGGACGCCUUGUGCAGCUCAUUGCAUCGAUUUAAUGUUGGAGGAUUUUGAAAAAAAGAUACCAAUACAUAAAGAGACAAUUGCACGAGGUAAAAAGAUCACAACUUACAUCUAUUCAAAGACUGCGCUUAUUUCUCUAUUGCAUCAUUUUACCAAAGAAAAGGAUUUGAUUAGACUAGCCACUACCCGUUUUGCCACAUCUUACUUGACUUUGGGUUGCUUGAAUGACAAUAAGGGAGCAUUGAUUAGAAUGUUUACAUCCAAAGAAUGGAAAUCUAGUCAAUUUGCAAAGACUAAAGAUGGAAAGGUUAUUGAAAAUGUGGUAAUGGAUAAGGACUUCUGGAAAAGCAUUAUUACAUGCUUGAGGAGUGCUUAUCCUUUGAUCAAAGUCCUUCGUUUAGUAGACUCAGAUGAGAAGCCUGCCAUGGGGUUCAUUUAUGAGGAAAUGGACAGGGCCAAAGAAAAGAUACAAGCUGCCUUUAAUGGUAUUAAGAAAAGUUACUUGCCUCUAUGGGAAAUUAUAGAUGCAAGAUGGGAUAAUCAACUACAUCGGCCUUUGCAUGCUACGGGCUAUUACCUUAACCCUCAAUUUCAUUACAGUCCUAAUUUUAAAGCUGACUUUGAAGUGAAAAGAGGAAUAUAUGAUUGUCUACAAAGGAUGGUUGAAAGUAUGGAAGAAGUAAAGAAGAUUGAUGCUCAACUGGAAGACUUCAAAUAUCGAAAGAAAUUCUUUGGUAGUGCAGUAGCCACUUGUGGAAUUGAAACCAAAACUCCAGCACAAUGGUGGGAAUCAUAUGGUUAUGAACAUCCUGAGUUGCAAAAGUUUGCUAUUUGUGUUUUGAGCUUGACAUGCAGCUCAUCUGGCUGUGAGAGGAAUUGGAGUGCAUUUGAGAUGGUCCACACUAAGAGAAGAAAUCGUUUGAAGGCAAAAACGAUGAAUGAUGUAGUCUUUGUGAUGGCUAAUUCAAAAUUAGCCAAGAAGAAGGAAUUGAGGAAAGUCAAUGAUUAUAGCAUUGAUGACCUAGCUUCUGAUGAUGAUUGGAUUGUGGAUGAUAGUGAAAAUUUAGAUUUGGAUGCUUCAAAUGAAGAUUUGGUUCCAGUUGAAGAAGGACCUAGUAGUGGAGCACCUCAUGAUGAUUUGGAGCUGCCUAGUUAUGAUGAUGAUGAAGUUGAAGAAGGUGGAGAUGCCAUGGAGGAUGCUGGAGAUGAAGAACACAUGGAGGAUGAUUAUGAAUUCAUGAAUUUAUGAAGUUUAGAACUUGACUAUUAUUUUUCAUGUUGUAGACUUAUAUGUUAUCUAAAAUUUGUGACUUAUGACUUAUUUUAUGUGUGGAUUGUAGAAGACCUUAUAAAUGUUUAGUUUAAUUAAAUGUUUAAUGUGUUUUUGAGGUUA